GAGAAAUAGUGGUUUUGGUUUGUUGAAGUACUAACAAAAUGCUGGGAAGACUAUUGCGGCAAGCUUCAGCUGCUCGUCGAUUUGCCGAAUCUGCAAUUCCUGCACUCAGCAGAUGCUCUCUUCGCUCUUAUUCUUCCUCGACGGAAUCCCAAGUUCCAAACAGUACUUUCGUCGAACACCUGGAGGACCAAGCCGCCACCACCAUCUCCAUAGAUCGGUCUGGGCUGUACAACCCUCCUGAGCAUUCUCAUGAGCCUACUUCGGACUCUGAGCUCGUUAAGCACCUCAAAGGCAUUAUCAAGUUCCGUGGUGGACCAAUCUCAGUUGCAGAGUAUAUGGAAGAAGUUUUGACAAACCCAAAGGCUGGAUACUACAUUAACCGAGAUGUCUUUGGAGCUGAAGGUGAUUUUAUUACAUCUCCUGAAGUAAGCCAGAUGUUUGGAGAGAUGAUUGGUGUUUGGGCUAUGUGUCUGUGGGAGCAAAUGGGACAACCAAGCAGAGUUAACCUGGUUGAGCUGGGCCCUGGACGAGGAACUCUCAUGGCUGAUCUUCUUCGUGGUGCAUCAAAAUUUAAGAAAUUCACAGACUCCUUGCACUUACACAUGGUAGAAUGUAGUCCAACACUGCAGAAUCUUCAGCAUUGCAACUUGAAAUGCACUGAAGGAGAUAAUAAUGGUGAAAAUAUUGAGAAAAGAACUAUAAGCACAAUAGCUGGAACUCCUGUGUCAUGGCAUGCUACACUGGAACAGGUUCCAUCAGGAUUGCCAACAAUCAUCAUUGCCCAUGAGUUUUUUGAUGCUCUGCCAAUUCAUCAAUUUCAGAGGGCUUCUCAUGGCUGGUCUGAAAAAAUGAUUGAUGUUGCAGAAGAUUCAUUGUUUCGUUUUGUUCUAUCUCCACGGCCUACACCUGCGACUCUCUAUCUAAUGAAGCGCUGCAAGUGGGCUGUGCCUGAAGAAAUAGAGAAACUUGACCAAAUUGAAGUUUGCCCCAAAGCUAUGGACUUAACUCACACAAUUGCCCAGAGAAUAAGUUUGGAUGGAGGUGGAGCUCUAAUUAUUGAUUAUGGCUUGAAUGGUGUGGUCUCAGAUAGUCUGCAGGCAAUUCGAAAACAUAAGUUUGUUAACUUGCUAGAUAGUCCUGGAACUGCUGAUCUUAGUGCUUAUGUUGAUUUUGCUUCCAUUAGGCACUCUGUGGAGGAAGCUUCAGAUGAUGUCUCUGUCCAUGGCCCAAUUACCCAGUCCCAAUUUCUUGGGUCUCUGGGAAUAAAUUUUCGAGUUGAGGCUCUGCUGCAGAACUGCACGGAUGAACAAGCUGAAUCUCUAAGAACAGGUUACUGGCGUCUAGUGGGUGAAGGUGAAGCCCCUUUCUGGGAGGGACCAGAUGAAGAGGCACCUAUCGGGAUGGGCACCCGGUAUUUGGCAAUGGCUAUUGUGAACAAGAAGCAAGGCGUUCCAGUUCCUUUCCAAUAAAAUAUCAUAGUCCUUUUGUAAGAUCAAUUUUGAGCAUAUGUACGUUAGUAUUCCCUCACCUUGCCAUGAAAUAAAGCAAACUUUGCCAAAUGUGAUUCAUUAUAAAACAAUGUUACAGGU